AAUGUCAACCAAACAAAAAACAAAGCAAAGAGAUUUAUCUUCGGAUAGUUCAAAGUCUGGAAGUUCAAAAAAUGAUUCGAGUGUUGGAGAUGUGAAGGAUACGUCUCCAGCAAGCGACAAAGUUUUUAAUAAAUAUGGAAUGGCUGCUGAAAUUGUUAAUACUGUUUUGAAGGAAAUACUUGCCGAAUUAAAAGUUGAUGCAGAAGUUGGUCAACUUUGUUCUCGUGGUGAUGCUCGUAUAUUGGAAUUAACUUCAAAUCUCUUCAAGAGAGAGAAGAAUGUUCAGAAAGGGAUUGCAAUGCCAACAUGUAUUUCUAUUGAUAAUUGUGUUUGUCAUUUUUCUCCUCUUCGAAGCGAACCUCCAGUUCUUCUUAAAGAAGGCCAAGUAGUAAAAGUUGAUUUGGGUGCUCAUGUUGAUGGUUAUAUUGCAACAGCAGCCCAUACAGUUGUUAUUGGUGCUAAUAGGGACAACAAAGUAACAGGCAAAAAAGCCAAUGUAAUUGUUUCUGCUUAUAAUGUAAUGGAAAUGGUUUUGAGAAUGUUGAAACCUGAAAAGAAUUUUAAAAAUGUAGAAAUAUCUGAGAAGAUGGGAAAAUUGGCUAAAAUUUAUGAGACGACACCAAUUGAGAAUAUGCUCUCUCAUAAUAUUGAGCGAUUCAAACCUGUUGGUGAUAAACAAAUUAUACAAAAUCCUGGUGAUGAGCAGAAGUCUAAAUCGGAGAAGUGCACAUUUGAGACUUUUGAAGUUUAUACAAUUGACGUACUUAUUUCGACUGGAGAAGGAAAAUCAAAAACAUUGGAUGCACGUACAACAAUUUUUAAGAAGACAGAUGAUAUGGUUUAUAAUUUAAAAUUAAAGGCAUCGCGAUCAUUUUUCCAUGAAGCACAGCAAAAGUUUGGUUCAAUGCCUUUUUCAAUAAGAGAUUUUGAAGAUGAAAAAGUGGCAAAAGUUGGAAGUACUGAAUGUGCUAAACAUGAUUUGAUGCAGCCAUAUCCGGUUCUUUAUGAGAAAGAAGGUGAUUAUGUUGCUCAAUUUAAAUGUACAGCAAUAAUAAUGCCUAAUGGAAUAUAUAAAAUAACUGGGAUUCCUUUGGAUAAUGCAAUUAUAAAAUGUGAUGUUAAAAUUGACAAUAAUGAAUUUUUGGGACUUUUAAAUGAACCUUUAAAACCAAAAAAGAAGAAAGGAGGGGGAGGAGAAAAGGAGAAGGAAAUUAAUAAUAAAGAAGCUGAAAAUAAUUUGGUAAAGGAAAAGAAAAAGGAGGAAGAGGUUGAAAAAGUUGAAACGAAAAAGGAAGAAAAAAAAGAAGACAAGAAGGAAAAUAAAGGAGAAAAAUUGGAAGUUAAGAAGGAAAUGCCAAAAAAGAAAAAUGUUGAAAAUAAACAAAAGAAGAAGGAAGGUUAAUUGAGGGAAGAAGAAGGGGAGAAGAGAAGGAUGGAAGAGAAGAGUUUAAAUUUUAGAAAAUAUUUUUUGAUGAGGUGAGGAUUUUAAAGUAUAGUAAGUGUGUGUUUUUUGGAUAAUGUUAUAUUUUAAUUAUUCGGGCGUAAAAAGAGUUGUUAAUUAAUUAAAUGAGAAACCCUGAGGAGAGCAACAAAAAAUGAAUUUGAUUUUUUUCAAUUUUAAAUUAAUUUUUUUGGGUUGUUUCUCAUUUAAUUAUUUAUAUAACCUCUUAAAUUUCUGCCUUUCUUUGGCUUUUAUUAUUUUUUUCAAGUCAAAAUCAGUGCUGGGUAUGGUCUUGGGAACUAGCCUAAGAGAUAUGGCUCUAGCUCUAGUUCGAGAAAUUUUAAAAUGCCAGGAGUCGGAGCCUCAA